CAACUGGAAUUAUUGAUAAUAUUCGUCAACUCUACAAAAAUCGGGAAGGUUGGCUGGCACCGUUUCCCUGGUGUGAAGAUUUUCACUUCUCCUUUGACGACAUCUACACCCGACUUAAAGUCAUCUACAGAAAGAAAACGAGAGGAACAGCAACAGACCGAGUUGUCACGAUGUCUGAAAUCUUCAACAAGCACGAAGAAUGUGAAGAACCAAGAGUAGUAUUAAUUGAAGGGAAGCCUGGUAUGGGAAAGACAACUUACUGUAAGAAAGUUGUUUUCGACUGGGCCUCAGGAAAACACGCAAGCGGAAAUUGCUUCACAAACUUCGCAUUAGUGCUUUUGAUCAAAUGUCGUGAUUUUGAGUCUGGCCUUUGGGAGGCUAUUGAAGAUCAACUUCUGCCUCGAGAAGUUGGUGAAGACCAACGAGAGAGAUUCUUCGACUUCAUUCUCCACAAUCAAUCUAAUGUUCUUCUGGUACUCGAUGGAUUGGAUGAAGUUUCUGAGGAGAAGCUACCUAUGUUUUCAGAAAUUAUUCAAGGCCGAGUGCCGCGCAUGCCAAACUGUCGCGUGAUUGCUACGGCACGACACGAAGCGGGAGUUAAAGUUCGAAUAUACUGCAACACGCUGCUAGAAAUUGAGGGGUUUACUGAAGAAGACGUAAACUCCUUCAUCAGAAAGUUCUUCAGAGACAAAUCAAAAUUGGCCGAGCAGCUAAUUGCGCACCUACGUGUUGAUUACAGGUUAUAUGCAAUUUUGACGAAUCCUCUCAACACUGCGCUUCUUUGCCUGGUCUAUGAAGAUUUGAACGGUGUAUUUCCUGAAAGCAGAACGAAGCUGUACAUGGAAAUAGUGGAGUGUGUACUAAGAAGGUACAGAACAAAGCAGCAACUACCAGAAAACGGUGAAGACCUUGUUAAACUUUACGAAAGCGAAUUGAGACACCUUGGUUCGAUAGCUUUGAAAGGUUUACUUGAGGGCAAUUUGGAUUUUGACGAGGAGGAGCUUAGAGAACACAAAGCAACGGAUUUACCUGGACUCGGAUUUCUGUCAGUUCAGCCUGGAGGCAGUAAACUAAGACCAACUAGACGUUAUGGCUUUCUUCACAAAACUUUCCAAGAAUUCUUCGCAGCAUUGUAUCUCAGUUGUCAGCUUAUCAAGAAAGAAAUCAGCACGAAUAGCAUAGCUGCUGACAGAAAAUAUCGCGAUGAGCUGAGAGAAGUACUUCUGUUUACAUUUGGUAUGCUUGCAGCACGAUGCGAGGAAACAGCGGUAAACCUUCUGAAAAGUAUAGCAACAGAGUUAAACCUGAAAGAAGAGCGAAGCCUGUCUUUUAUAAGACAGUUUAUUAUUGAAUGCAAAAAGGAGAAAAAAAAUGUUGAUGAAAUAUUUCGUUCCGCUAUUGGCGCUUCUCUUCAAAUUGAAACUUUUAGUAUUUCAGAGAGAAAAGUAGAAAAAACUUUUGCUGUCUUUUUAAGCAACUUUCUUAAAACAAAUACAACUGUGAAAAGCUUUUCAAUGUAUGACUCUUCGAUAGACGGGGUUACAGCUCUGACUGAGUGUUUGAAAUAUAAUACAUCGCUGACAGAGUUGGUAUUGAGUAGUGAUGAAAUUGGUGAUGAUGGUGCUGCUGCUCUGGGUGAGUGUUUGAAACAUAAUACAUCGCUGACAACGUUGGAUUUGUGCUAUAAUAAAAUUGGUGAUGUUGGUGCUGCUGCUCUGGCUGAGUGUUUGAAAUAUAACAAAUCGCUGACACGGUUGGAAUUGGGUGGUAAUGAAAUUGGUGAUGAUGGUGCUGCUGCUCUGGGUGAGUGUUUGAAACAUAAUACAUCGCUGACAACGUUGAAUUUGAAUGGUAAUGAAAUUGGUGAUGAUGGUGCUGCUGCUCUGGGUGAGUGUUUGGAAUGUAAUACAUCGCUGACAACGUUGAAUUUGAACUCUAAUAAAAUUGGUGAUGUUGGUGCUGCUGCUCUGGUUGAGCGUUUGGAAUAUAACAAAUCGCUGACACGGUUGGAAUUGAGUGGUAAUAAAAUUGGUAACGAUGGUACUGCUGCUCUGGUUGUUGCGCGGAAGUGUCAUCCACAUCUGAAAAUAUUUAGAAUGUAUUGA